AUGACAACCUCAACCACCACCGGAUUCACAGUCCCCCUCCAUAUAAAUGGCCGCGAAGAAACAACCCCAAAUACCUUCCCCGUAACCAGCCCCUACACCAACACAACCAUCUGGACCGCCUCCGCCGCAACCCCCCAAGAUGCAAUUCGCGCCGUUGAGGCCGCGCCGACGCCUUCCCCUUAUGCUGCCGAUAUCCUCGAGGCGCGCCUGGAGAUAAGUGCCGAGUAUAUGCGCCAAGAGAUGGGUGCAGACGUCGGUGCCUCCUCGGGCAUUGUCGUCCCGCUUGCUGUGCGCACGUUGCGCGAUGUUGCGAGUCGCAUAACAUCGAUAUGUGGUAGAGUGCCUGUCGUUGAGACCGAGGGGCAGAGUGCCAUUAUUUUCAAGGAGGCGAUGGGUGUUAUUCUGGGGAUUGUGCCGUGGAACGCUCCCUACGUCUUUGGCAUCCGCUCAGCAGCCUGUGCCCUCGCAGCUGGCAACACAACAGUCCUCAAAUCUUCCGAACUAACUCCCCGCUGCUACUGGGCCAUUGGCCGCGCCUUCGAAGACGCUGGUCUCUCCGCUGGCUGUCUGAAUAUCAUCCACUGCGCCUCGCAGGAUGCGCCCCAGGUUGUAAAUGCCAUGAUCGAGCCCGAGGCCGUGCGCAAGAUCAAUUUCACCGGUAGCACAGCUGUUGGUCGGAAGAUUACACGCGCCUGCGGUCAGAACCUCAAGCCUUGUCUCAUGGAGCUGGGCGGAAAUAAUAGGUCGAUUGUGUGUCAGGAUGCUGAUCUGCAGACUGCCGUGCAGGGAGUGUUGUCCGGCCAGGUCUGCAUGGCAACCGACCGGAUCCUCGUCCACACCUCCAUACUCUCAGCCUUCACAGAAGCCCUGCAAAAGGCCCUCGCAGCUGGCGCAGCGGCCGAAGCCCUGCCCCCAACACUCGUCAACACAGCUUCUAAGAUCCGCGUCGAAGCCCUCAUCACCGACGCUGUUUCAGCAGGCGCACACUUCAUUUCUGGGUCUGCGGACAGUGUCCCCACCGAUUCGGGGGUUCGCAUGGCGCCCGCCGUGCUAGGCGGCGUGAAGGAAGAUGUGGCGCUGUGGCAGGAGGAGUCCUUCGCAUCCGUUGCGGCGUGUAUGCCCUUCGACAGCGAGGAUGAAGCGAUCCGUCUCGCCAAUGGGAGUGGGUAUGGCCUUUCGGCAUCUGUUUUCACAGAGGAUCUGCGGAGGGGCUUGGCGAUGGCUAGGCGCCUUCAGUCCGGGGCAGUCCAUAUUAAUAGCAUGACGAUUCACGAUGAGCCAGCUCUUCCCCAUGGCGGUGUGAAGAAUAGUGGCUGGGGUCGGUUUAAUACUGAUGCGGGAUUGAAUGAGUUUUUGGUUAUGAAGAGUGUGACAUGGAUGGAUUAA